AUGGAUAGAAUUUACUUUAAAAUAAAUGGGAAAAAGUUUAGCGCCGGGGGAGAGUUCCAUGCAGACACUUCUUUGAUGGACUUCAUCAGAGAGCAUGCCGAGUUGCGUGGAACCAAGUAUAUGUGCAAGGAGGGCGGGUGCGGUGCCUGCGUCGUCAAUGUGCGACUCGCGCACCCCACCACAAACGAGAUUGUGUCUUUCGCUGUCAACUCGUGCCUUGUAACUAUUAUGUCAUGCAAUAAUUGGGAUAUAACGACAGUGGAAGGCAUCGGUAAUAGAAAAGAAGGCUAUCAUAUUAUACAAAAACGGUUAAACCAUUUCUUUGGAUCACAAUGUGGCCACUGCAGUCCUGGAUUUGUAAUGAACAUGUACAGUUUACUCAAUGGCAGUGAUCACCAUUUGACAGAAAAAGAAAUAGAAAAGGCUUUUGGUAGUAACUUAUGCAGAUGCACAGGAUACAGACCCAUUUUGGAAGCUUUCAAAUCCUUAGCUAUCGAUGUGAAUCAGGACUUACUACGUAAGGUUAAAGACAUAGAGGACAUUGAUCAAAAUUUAUGUCCUAAAUCAGGAAAGAAUUGUGAUGGCUCAUGUAGCAAAAAUGAAAGCCAAGAAUGGUGUUUGGUCAAUGUAAAGAGUGAUGGUAACAAUUUAACUUUACCUAGGAAAAUAUCACUCGCUGAUGGUAAGCUCUGGGUUGCAGCUUUUGAUAUUAAAUCCAUAUUUGAUGUGUUGGAUGAGAAUGGAUACGAUUCCUACAUGUUAGUCGCAGGAAAUACGGCCAAAGGUGUACGACCUAUAAUAUCUUACCCAAAAGUGCUAAUUGACGUAAGUAACGUGAAAGAACUAACUGGACACUAUUUGGAUGUUAAUCUUGUACUGGGAGGUAAUGUUACUCUGUCCGAUGCUAUGUCUGUAUUUAAACAAUUAAGUAAAGCGAAAGGUGAAGAGUUUUGGUACUUGGAAGUGUUACAUGACCAUAUGGAAGAAGUGGCUCAUAUUCCUGUCAGAAAUAUUGGCACUUUAGCUGGUAACUUGGUUCUAAAACACAAUCACCCUGAUUUUCAAUCUGAUAUAUUUCUGUUGUUGGAUUGCGUGGGAGCCUAUAUAACUUUAGUCGAUCGUAAACAACAUCAAAUAGAAUUAAGUAUGGAAGAAUUUCUAAAAACUGACAUUACAGGCAAGGUCUUGACAAACAUUAAGUUGCCGCCUAUAUCUAAGAGUCACAAACUAGUGACAUACAAGAUUACUCCGCGAGAACAAAAUGCACAUGCUGAAGUAAAUGGGGCAUUUUUAUUUCAAUUUGAUUUUGAAAGUAAUAAGUUAAUUAAAACUAGUAUUGUUUAUGGUGGCAUAGCUCCUGAUUUUACACAUGCUCACAAAACAGAAAAGUAUUUGAUUGGUCGAAAUAUAUUUAAUAACGAAGAGCUUCAAUCUAGUAUAAGUGUUCUUAAGUCAGAGAUUCGCCCCGUGGAAAAUCCACCAGAACCUUCAGCUUCUUUUAGAAAGAAACUAGCUAUCAGUUUAUUUUACAAGUGUGUAUUGAGGAUGUGUCCUCAUGAUAUAUUGAGUUCGUUUUAUAAAUCUGGAGCUACUUCAUCCAAGGAAGAUAGACCACCAGUAAGCCAUAGCUAUCAGGAAUAUGAUACAAAUAAAAAAGAAUUUCCUAUCACACAACCACUACUAAAAAAAGAAGGUAUGAUACAAUGCGCAGGCGAAGCAGUGUACACCGAAGAUAUGCCAGCUAUGAAGAACGAAGUAUUUUCUGCUUUUGUACUUUCACAUGUAGUGUCAGCUGACAUUGAAUCUAUUGACGAAUCAGAGGCUUUGAAAUUGGAUGGAGUAGUAGCUGUUUUGACAUCUAAGGAUAUACCAGGCUUAAACCAUGUUAUGCGAAUUGGUUUUAUAGGAGCUACAGAACAAGAAGAAAUUUUGGCAAGCAAUAAAGUUCGUUUUUAUAACCAACCCGUGGCUCUAGUCGUUGCCAUAACACAAGCGAUUGCUGAUCGUGCAUCAAAUUUUGUAAAAGUGAAUUAUAAACAUGUUUCGAAAGAGCCACCGGUCCUUACAAUAGAAGAUGCUAUUAAAUCACCAAAGCUGGAAAAUCGGCUUUUACCGUCGACAGGAAUCAACCCUACUGAUAGAGGGGCUAAUAUUCAAAAAGUAAUCAAAGGCAAUUUUUAUAGUCCUCUACAAUACCAUUUCAUGAUGGAACUUCAUACUGCUGUAACAGUACCUGUAGAUGAAGGUCUAGAAGUAUAUAACUCUACACAACAUGUUGAUGUGGCACAAGCUGUUAUAGCAGAUAUGUUAGAUGUUCCCGAAAGCACUAUUAUCGUGAAAAAUAGACGAUGUGGCGGGGGAUUUGGUUGCAAAAUAAGUAGAGGUAACUUUGUGGCAUGUGCUACUGCAUUAGUAGCUAAAACGUUAAACCGACCAUGUCGAAUGGCCAUGCGCUUACCGGAUAUCAUGAGAGCCAUUGGUAAGAGAUGCAACACCCGUUUAGAUUAUGAGGUUGGCGUGGACGAUAAGGGUGAAAUACAAUAUAUGGAUGCUGUAUUAUAUGUUAAUGAUGGGAUAACUCGAAACGAAAACCAAAAUGUCCUUUCUAUUAGUGCUUUUAAAAAUUGUUACGAUACAAGGCGUUGGACAGUGCGUUCCUUUAGUGUUGUAACUGAUAUGGCAUCUAACUGUUAUAUGAGAGCUCCAGGAGGAUUCGAGGGAAUAGCGGCAUCUGAACAUAUCAUGGAACGCAUUGCGUUCGAGUUAAAAAGAGAUCCUAUUUUGGUUCGCAUGGCAAAUUAUCGAAAAGAGGAUAAUGAUUUACCACUAUUACUUCCCAUAUUUCAGGAACGAGUUGAUUAUGAUAAGCGUCAAAAAUUUAUAGAAAAUUUCAAUUCCCAUAAUCGAUGGAAGAAGAGAAGUUUGAAAUUUGUUAAUAUGUCAUUUCCCACGGCAUACCUUGGAAAUUAUUUAGCUUUAGUAAGCGUUUAUCAUGGAGAUGGUAGUGUGGCUGUUUGCAUUGGUGGCACAGAAAUUGGUCAAGGCGUUUACACGAGAAUCGCUCAAGUGGUUGCUAAAGAAUUUAAUAUUCCUGUGGAAAUAGUAUCCGUUUUACCAACUCAGAAUUUUGCUACACCUAAUAAUUAUGCCACUGGCUCAAGUAUAACUACUGAAUGCUGUGCUUAUUCUGUAAUAAGGUCAUGCCAAGAAAUCAAAGCCAGACUGGAACCAGUUCGUGUUGCUAUGCCUACAGCCACAUGGAAGGAGUUGGUUUUUGCAGCCGAUCAACAGGGAAUUAACCUACAAGCCAACUAUCUCACUAGUCAAAACGAUCCUCGCCUAGUGAAUUACUCAAUUUUUGGUAUGGCGACUGUUGAAGUUGAAGUAGACUUACUGACAGGUACCAAGUGGAUCGUCCGUGCUGACGUAUUUGAAGAUGCAGGGCAAAGUAUCAAUCCUGUUCUGGAUGUCGGUCAGGUUGAAGGGGCAUUCAUUCAGUCACUGUCCGCUUGGACGUUAGAAGAAAUUAAGAUUGACAAGCAUACCGGGGAAUUACUUACAAAUCGAAGUUGGAACUACAAAAUAUAUGGAGCAAAAGAUAUACCUCAUGACUUCCGAGUUUAUUUGCGCCGAAAUACUUACAAUCCUGUUGGAAUCUUAGGCUCUAAAGCCGUUGGAGAGCCCCCUACUUGCAUGAGCUACGUUAUAGUGGAAAGCUUACGAGCAGCCAUUCAAGCUUCGAGAUUUGACAGUGGUUACGAUACCGACAAAUAUUUAUAUUUAGAUGUACCCGUCACAAAUGAACAUGUCGUUGAAGCUGCGGAAGUUAAAAUAAAAGAAUUAUUGAUUAAUUAA